UUUUUAUAAUUGUUAUUUAUUACUCUUUUUUUUAAGCAAAAACAUAGUUACCACAGAAAUACAGAUAACCUUGUGAUUUAAAGUUUAACUAAGUUGCCUUGUUUUUCUGUGCGGCUCAGUUCAACAGUAUUUACUUCCAACCCUUUGACUGUCAGUCACUGGUUUCCAUGCAUGCUGUUAUAGUCCCAACGUUAUGAAGUAGACCAAAUCCAAACUCUUUCUUCUCUUAUGACCAAAAACUUAAAGUUUGACAAAUACAAUUAUUCUAUAAUUUUACUCAUGGACUCUUAGCAGUAUAACCAAUGGGACUUGCUUGGCGUGACGUAUUUCACGUAUUCCUGUCUGACUGUACUCAGGGAAAAGUGGGCAGAAAUGGGUGGACCUUUGAGUAUAUUAGCCGGUUUAGGCUGUCUUGCGAAUGCAGAAGGUAAGCAGAUAUGUCUUCUAACCGAGUAUUCGACUGCAUAGUCAUCGGAGCCGGUGUCCAGGGUUCCUUCACAGCCUAUCAUCUGGCUAAAGGGAACAAGAAGGCUUUGUUGCUGGAACAGUUUGUCUUGCCUCACUCCAGAGGGAGCUCUCAUGGCCAGACUCGUAUCAUCCGCAAGGCUUAUGAACAGGACUUCUACACCCACAUGAUGGAGGAAUGCUACGAGUUGUGGUCUCAGCUGGAGAAGGAAGCAGGUGUUGAAUUGUACAGAAAAACAGGACUCUUGGUUAUGGGACCAGAGAAGAGUGAGAAUUACCAACAGUUUAAGACUACACUGCAAAAGAAUAAGAUUCCUACAGUGAUCUUGACCCCCGAUAACUUCAGCAAACAUAUUUCUAACGUCCAACUGAAUGAGGGUGAUGGAGCAAUAGUGGAUGUGACAGCUGGUAUCCUGUAUGCUGACCGCGCACUCAAAACUGUACAGGAUCAAUUUCAAAUGUUGGGAGGAAUCAUACGAGACAAAGAGAUGGUAACUGACAUCAAGCCUGGCCCCAUUGUCACAGUGUCAACUACUGCACAUGUUUAUCAAGCUAAAAGUGUGGUGAUCACAGCUGGACCUUGGGCUAAUAGACUGCUCAUACAAACUGGCCUACAGCUGCCACUACAGGUGAUCAAAAUCAAUGUGUGCUACUGGAAGGUGAAAGUCCCUGGAUCAUAUGACUUGAAGAACCACUUUCCUUGCUUCUUACUAACUGAAAGUGAAGAAUCCAAAGAGCACAUCUAUGGCCUCCCAUCCAAUGAGUACCCAGAAAUGAUGAAGAUAUGCUAUCACAUGGGGAGCGAAACUGAUCCAGAUAAUAGAGACCAACAGAAAGACAGGUCAGAUAUUGAUAUUCUCCAGCGUUACAUCGCCCGAUGUCUCCCAGGACUGCAUCCGGAACCUGCUGUGGUGGAGACUUGUAUGUACACGCUGACACCUGACCGGCAUUUUGUUCUUGACUGCCACCCUGCCUACCGCAACAUUGUCAUUGGGGCAGGAUUCUCAGGUCAUGGUUUCAAGUUCGGGCCAAUCAUUGGCAAACUUCUUUGUGAACUCAGCCUGGGAAAAGUGCCCUCUUAUGACCUUUCCCCUUUCCAAAUUAAGCGCUUCCAGGCAAACAUCAAGUCAUCUUUAUAGGGCAACCCCUAUAAAGUGUUAUUUUAGUUUUGAAUCCUCAUGAUUAGCAUCAGCAGUAAUCAAACUACCUGUAUGAUUUCUCAGAUUGUCUGGGUUUCUAAUUGCAGAUGUGGAGAGCAUGUAUCUUGAGUGCAAGUAUAAUGGAGAGUUGAUUUAUUGAACAGCUGUUAAUCACAUUCAAGAUCUCUUAAUAAAAAGUUAAUUUCAUUGUCUUGUGACUUUUUCAUAAGAGUUAUCUAAUGUUACUGUAUCAAUACUGAAAA